AUGCCACCACAGAAAACGCUGCAGGCCUUUCUGGCCACAGCCCGGGCCGCAUUAACUGCCCCGCCAUCUAAACGCUCGGCUCCGUUGCACUUUGUUGUGGAUCUCGACUCCCUAUGCUCUACGCUAUUCUUAGCCUAUCUCAGGACUCACUCACCACCGCAUAUCUUGCAUAUACCUCUGUGCCAUUUACCCCGUGAUGACCUCACGCUACGGCCGGAAUUUACUUCCGUGCUAAAACAUGCUGCCGUCACCCCCGACAACGUGUUGACGCUAACUGAGCUGCCUAGCGGUGAUAACGGUCUGAAGCCCGAGGAUACGCGCUGGCUGCUCGUCGACCACAAUGUCAUGACAGGUCCGCUAGGUCAGACUUAUGGCAGCAGAGUUAUCGGAUGUGUCGACCACCACGAUGACGAAGGCAAGGUCCCCACUGAUGCCGAGCCCCGCGUCAUUGAGAAGUGCGGUAGCUGCAUGAGCUUAGUCGUGGAACAAUGUAGCGAGGCAUGGGAGGCGUUAGCGAAGCAGGACAGUGGCAGCAAGGAAGCUGCGCAUAUUAAUGCGCAACUUGCAUAUCUAGCCCUCGCGCCCAUCCUCAUAGACACCACGAACCUCGGCAACAAGGAUAAAACGACGGCCCAUGACGAGCGCGCCGUAGCAACUGCCGAAGCUCAUAUCCGUGCCGGCUCCGAGAGCAGGGGUAGUGGUACCGGGAGCGGAUACGACCGCAAUGCAUUCUUCGCCGAGGUUACGGCCCUUAAGGAGGACGUCUCGUACAUGUCGUUCCGUGAUAUAUUCCGCAAGGAUUAUAAGGAGUGGGAUGAGGGCCAGCUGAAACUAGGUACGUCGUCCGUACCGCAGGCCUUCGCAUUUCUGGUGCGCAAGGCCGGGGGCGAGGAGGCGUUCGCUAAAGAGUUGGAGAAGUGGUGUGAGGAAAAGAGCAUUGAUAUUAUGGCGGUGCUUACUACGGCGAAAGAUGAUGGAGAAUUUAAGCGGGAGUUGCUAGUUUGGGCGCGGGGUGGUUUGGGGGUUGUAAAUGCUGUGAAGGCGUUUGCGGAGAAGAAUGGAAAGGAUAAGUUGGGCCUUGGUACAUGGGGAGAUGGAAAACUUGAUCUGGAAGAAGAUGGGGGAAGUGGCUGGAGACGAUGCUGGACGCAGGCGAGAGUCGAGCAUAGUCGUAAGCAGAUCGCGCCUAUGCUGAGAGAGGCGUUAAAGGGGGUCAAGAAGGAAUAG